AUGGUGCACCUCGGCGAGCGGGACGUCGUGCUCGCCGACGGCGGCUCCGAGCCCGGCGACCGGCGCGACGGCGACUCGCCCGCGGCCGUCGGCGGCGACUCCGCGGACGUCCUCGCGGCCGUCGCGCGCGCGUCGUCGCGCGACGAGGACGAGGACGAGCCCCUCCGCGACUACCGCGACGCCGUCGCCUCCGACGCCGGGGGCCGCCUCGUCGCGGAGGACGACGGCGCCGGCGCCGCGGCGAGCCCGGGCGUCGACGCGCUCGGGACGACGUUCAGCCGCUUCUCGCGGGGCAUCGGCCCCGCGGGCUGCGCGGUCUUCGUCAUGGGCCUGAGCCCGCGCGUGACGCGGUCCGAGCUCGAGGAGAUCUUCCGCCCCUACGGCACGGUGGAGCGCUGCCUGCUCGUGGACCCGCGGCCGCCCGCCGCGGCCGCGGCCGCGGCCGCGGCCGCCGCGGGGCCCAAGGGCGGCGCGCGCCAGUCGGCCUGCGUGCGCUUCGCCACGGCCGAGGCGGCGAACCGCGCCGUCGUCAACGGCAACGGCCUCGCCGUGGGCGGGGGCCGCGUGUCCGUGAACCAUCUAGUGGCCGCGUUACCGCUCCGGCUCCGGCUCCCCGCGGGCCCGCUCCGCGCGCGGCGCGCGGACGACGACGACGCGUCGAGCGACGACCGCUCCGACGACGAGGCGCCCCCGAAGAAGGCCGCGCCGCCGCCGCGGCCGCCCGCGGCGGCCGCGGUGCCGGAGGAGGACGUCGACGCGGCGACGGUGUGCCGCGUCGGCGACGGCGGCGUCGACUGGGCGCCCCAGGCGCGGCCCACGACGGUCGUCUGCCGCUGGUCCGUCCUCGACUUCGACGCGAGCCGCCGCACGGACGUCGCGCGCGCGCACAAGGGCGAGUACCACGACGACGCGUUCGUCGACGCCGCGGGCAACCGGUGGCUCCUCUACUACUUCCUCGACGGCGACGGCGCGGACAACGCGGGCCACGUGAGCUUGUAUUUGUCCGUGCGCGACGCGGCGCGCCUGCCCUUUGGGUGGCAGAAGCACACGACGUUCACGAUGACGCUCGAGCACGCGUCGGGCGACGACGGCCGCCACUACUCCAAGUGGGCGACGCAGGUCUUCCGCGCCGCGCCGCCGCCGGCGGUCCAGGACUGGGGCUGGCCCAAGUUCGCGUCCCACGGCGAGCUCGCGAGCCGCGGCCUCCUCGCCGCGGACGGGUCGCUCCGCGUCCGCGCGACGGUGACCGUGGGGUCGUCGUCGUGCGAGAUCGCGGCCGGCGACGCGGACGCGUGCCUGCUGAGCGCGGCGCGCAACGGCGCCGCCGACGCCGUGCGCCGCUGCCUGCGGGCGGGCGCCGACGCGCGGCACCGCGACGUCGCGUCGGGCUCCGCGCGGACGCCGCUGCACCUGGCGUGCGCGCGGGGCCACCGCGCGGACGCGGACGGCGCCGCGGCGGCCAUCGUGCCCGUGCUCGCCGACGCGGGCGCCGACGUCGACGCCGAGGACGCCCACGGCGAGACGGCGCUCCACCUCGCCGUGGCCAAGGGCGCCGCGCGCGCGACGCGCGCGCUCCUCGAGGCGGGCGCGGACCCCGCGCGGCCCGUCCGCGGCGCGUCGCCCCGCGAGGACGCGCUGACGCUGGCGGCGGGCGCGGGCCGCGCGGAGCUCGCGGCGUCGCUCCUAGCCGCGGGCGCGCCGCCGUCGGGCGAGGCCGUGCUCCUCGCCGCGAAGAAGGGGCAUCUGGACGUGCUCUGGCCGGUGCUCGACGCGGCCAAGGAGGAGGACUGCCUGCCGGAGCUCGUGGCCUGCCGCAACGCCAAGGGCGACACGGCCGUGGCGCUGCUCGUGGCGCGGGGCCUCGUGGACGCGGCCGCGCGCAUGGUCUCGGCGUACCGCGCGCCGCUCGCGGACUGCUCGCGCGACCGCAAGGCCGCGCGCCACGCGCGGCUCCGCAUCCUCCUCAAGCAGCGCGAGCAGGCGCGGGACGGCGCGCGCGGCGGCGACGUCGACGAGUUGGAGGCCGACGACGGCGGCGCGCCGGGCGGCGCGCCGCCGCCGCGGAAGCCCGACAGCGCCGAGGCCGCGCGGCUCUCGCUCGUCGAGGAGCUCGAGGCCGAGGAGGCGGAGAAGGAGGCCAAGUCCGCCAAGGCCCGCGAGAAGAAGAAGGCGAAGCGCGCCAAGCAGCGGAAGAAGCGCGAGGACGCCAAGGCCCUCGAGGACGAGGAGAAGGACGACGCCGCCGGCCCGCCGGGCCCGCCGCCGGCGUCGCCCAAGUCGCCCGGCGACGACGACUCGUCGAGCGACGACGGCGGCGACCCGCCGCCGGCGCCGCCCAAGGCCGCGGGGGCGGCCAAGGCGGCGCCGCCGCCGGAGCGGGCGCCGCCGCCGCCCAAGGCGCCGAAGAAGAAGGCGCCGCCGGAGCCCGAGAAGAAGGAGGGCCGCGGCGACAAGGCCGGCAAGGCCGAGCCGUCCAAGAAGGAGGAGCCCAAGGCCAAGGCGCGGGCCAAGGGCGAGGGCAAGCAGCGCGCGCGCCCGGGCCUCGCGGGCUCGUCGGCGCUCGCGGGCUCGUCGGCGCUCGCGGCGGCCGGCGGCGGCGGCGCGCCCCUCGGGCCCCGCGCGCCGGGCGGCGCCGUCGGCUCGCGCGCGCCCGGCGCCCACGACGCGCCGGGCAACGGCGCGCCGCCCUUCGUGAACCGCGGCCCGGACGCGACCGGCGACGGCCGCAAGGCCUGGGACACGCCCUUCGGCAACUUCGGGUCCCUCUUCGCCGACCCCCGCAACGGCUGACGAGGGCCACCACAAAACCACCGAGCGCACGCGCGAGAUCCAGGAAACGACGGAGCCUCUUCAGGUUCUGAACACGACAGUCCGCGCCUCGGGAAAAACCAACACAGUAACUACGCACGUCCCCUG